AUGCUAAACAACAAUGGUUUUAACGGAGGGGUGAAUCAGAUGAAUGAAUAUCAAGGGGGAAUGAACUUUCAGGGAAAUGGCCCCUUUCCAGGGGGAGGCCAAUUUCAAGCCAGCGGAAAUAGUGAGCAACGACAGCAUAACUAUGGGGAGCUGCAAAACUGUAACAACGACUUUUACAGCGUGCAAAAAGUAAACGCGGUUAACAACAACCAAGGAUUCCCCGACAGACACGUGAUGUAUGGAAAUGACUCGUAUGGAAGGCCCCCCCACACGAUGGAGGAAAUUCCCAAUUAUUAUCACGCUAAAGGUGCAAUGGGUGGAAGUCCUAUGGGUGGCAUUCCUAUGCCUCCUGCCGAGGGGGGAUUCAACAUAUACCAGAACAAAAACAAUUUACCCUUUUUUGGGAAGGAGCAAAAUGGACCUAACUACAACGACCAAGCUUUAUUCUCCCAAGUUAAACAAAACGUAUCUAUAUUUGGAAACAAAACGAAAAAUAAUACGCCCCUUUUUGGCAGCAAUGUGAAAAAUGCAACAAAGGCUGAUCUCCCCAGUGUUAGUCUAUAUGACUUUGUGAGUCAUGACAAAUCAAUUUUUGGAAAUAGGUUAAAGGAAGGGAAGCCUCUUUUUAUAAAUGAGAAGAAUACGAACCAAUCGAUGCAAGCUUCUCCAAGUCAGCAGCACGGUAAUAGCUACUUAAUGAAUAACAACAAUAUGCAUAAUAUGGCAGGACACGGGGGUGAUAAAAACUACAUGAGUUAUAAUUACGACGCGAAGGGGCAAGUCGCCUAUGGUAUGAACCCCCCGAACGAUAUGGUUCACCCCAACUGGGGCGGUGGUAACAUCAACGGCAUGAACCACCCCGGGAACCAGCUCCUCGGGAAUGCAUACAACCAAAACAACUUUGGCACCAACAUGGAGUCAGUCCCCCCCGCACAUGCCAUGCAUAAUACUUCGACACAAAAUGUUGGCAAAGAAAUAAAUUGCGCAAGUGAACUCCAAGGAGAGGAAGUGUUAUUUACAAACGAAAACGAAAUUAUGUUUGAAAAAAAUUACGUAAGGGAGUAUGGUAUGGAGGGAAAUACCCAAAUGGGCAAAAUGAAAAAAAUUCUUUUUUUCAAUAAAAAUUUUGUAAAGUCCUUGGAACAAAUAGCUAGCCAUAAUUUAAACAGUUACAAUGAGAAUAGGUCUACCAUUUAUACCUUCCCCUGUUCUAUGUCAUCGAAUAAUGUCUCCUUCUAUAUGCAAGCUAUUGAGGACUGCAAGAAGGAAAGCCGCUUUGACGUAGACGCAAAUUUGUACAAUAAAAUAUUCACCAAGCAAAAUAUGCAGCAGGCUUUCUCCGUUCUGAAAAAUAUAAAUAUGAACAAAAAAAUGGACCCACGUGACAUCGACUUGGACAUUUACUACCCCCUUCUUCAUGUGGAGAGGAUAAAAUUUAGGCAGCCCGUCACUGCAGAGCAUUCGCGCAAAUCUGCUGGCGCUCCCUUCCAGCUGGGCCAAAUUCCGACCGUCAUUUGA